UUUAUGCGGCUAAAAACACGGAAACAAAUACCAUGGCUUAUGCACAAUUACAUUGGAUUACAGAGAUAUCCGAUGAUGCAUUGUUUAUGAAGAAUUUUAUCAUGAAUCACUCUAUGCGGCUUUCCAUGUUUAAUGAUUAUUCCAAGAUGAAGCUCCUAUCGAUUGCCGACACAAGAUUUGCUUCGUGGAUUAUUAUGUUUAAGAGGUUUAAGGUCGUCAAGAGAGGCCUCCAAGACAUGGUCCUUAGUGAUCGAUGGAGCUUGUAUAGAGAAGAUGAUGUGGGAAAAGCUCAAUUUGUGAAAGAGAAAGUCCUCGAUGAUUUGUGGUGGGACAAGAUAGAUUUUAUUCUUGACUUCACUGGCCCAAUCUAUAAAAUGAUAAGGGUCACCGACACCGAUACACCAUGUCUUCAUUUGGUGUAUGAUAUGUGGGAUACAAUGAUUGAGAAGGUGAAGCAAACUAUUUAUAGGCAUGAGAGUAAAAGGGAUAACGAGGAAUCUCCUUUUUAUGAGGUGGUUCACAAGAUCUUGGUGGAUCGAUGGAACAAUAGCAACACCCCGCUUCAGUGCUUGGCACACUCUUUAGUUCCAAGAUCCCCUGGAAUGUGUUGUUAUAGGGAAGAGGGUGGGUGUGAUAUCCGCCUCUCAGCACACUUAUUAAAGUUCUGCUCAAAUACUGAUCUGAAGAACAUAUUAUUACAUGAGAUGAUUCAUGCUUACUUGUACGUCACAUCUAAAAAGAAGGACCGCAGUUCACACAGUUACCAUGGCCCUCGUUUCACAACUAUGAUGAAUGGAAUAAACUCAAGUACCGAGACAGACCCAUGGAGACCACUGGGUGGCUAUAAUAUCACCUCAUCCCAUGAUAUCAGAAAGGAAGCUGAUUGCAACAGAGUUCAGCGUUGGAUUUGUAAAUCUUGCGGGGAUUCGUUUGAGGGAUCCAAGAACAGCGAACCUAAUGACUGUAUUGAGAAUGUGUCUCAUGGCGACUCUUGUGGGAACUCCUCAUGUCAAUGGCAUAAACACAAGAUGGUAUGCUCUGGUCGAUAUGAAAAGACAACAGAUAAAUCAGGAAAUCAAGGCAGAAGAAAAGUUUCGAAAGAUGCACAAGAGAGUCAGGGUGACGAGUCCAAAGGUUCAUCUCGUCCAAAAAGACAGGUUAGAAGAAAAUCAAAAGAUGCUGGACAAAUGAAAGAUGCAUCUAACAUAAAAAAGCUUACCACAAUUGAUGAUUCGCCUACAAGCUCAGGCAUCAAAUCUCCAAGGAAAAAACGGAAGGCUGUAACAUUGAAAACAGAGGGUAACCCAUUAUCUCUCAAAAUUCCUAAAAGACCCAGAAGACCUUCAUUCAAGGAGAAGAUCGAUUAUCCUGUGAAGGAGAAUUUCAGGAAGAGAAUGAAAAACAUCACCAUUGAAGAUCAAUAUUUUGCCUUCUACGGAGAUGAAGAGUCGGAUAAAGACAUAGAACCACUGAUUAACAAGAGAACAGAAAGAAGAAAGACAGAAAAGCUUUCUGAAAUUAAAGCCGAAGCUGUUGAUGUUGUUUGUUUUAUUCAAAAUGGCGAGAAUAGUAAACAAGAUACAGCCUUAGCAGGGAGCACGAAACAUAAUGUUGUAUGCAUUUUAGAUGACGAUUAGAGCAAUCUGUAUUUAUUUUGUUCGCUCCUCUUUUUUUAGUAUAGCCUUUUGUUCCUUUUUUUUGGGUAAUGUAAGGAUACAAAGAUGAUCUUAAAGUAGGAGGGGUAUAGGAUGUCUUUUGGUUCCUUAGCUGUGUUUUAUUUCUCCUUUUCAUUUUGGUAGAAAAUAUCAUCUGUAUAUUAUGAAUAUGUUUUUGUAAGGAUCUGUCAUAUGUGAAGAUCCCUCACGAGGAAGCAUUCUGAAUGGAUAUGUACUGAUAUUCAAUCAA